AUGACGGAAGAAUCUCCUCCACUGCACCCCAAAUCACAGCGAAGCUCGAAUCCCUUCUCAGAAUCUUGCCGCAACAAUUUUCCCUCUCUUGAAAAUGCCUUCGUACUUCCGACCAAAGGUAGCAGUGGUGGUGGCGGUGGUUCGUCGUCAGAUGACUUUCAAUCGGUCUGCUCCCAAGGGUCGUCUUUCUUGAAUAUGUCAAUUGGGGCUAUGGCUGCCUUGGCAGAUCAUAUGCGUCAUGUGGCGAAAUAUGGAAUCGAUGGUGAAAAGACAUCUGAGCUGACGACGUCGGACGACACAGAAAACAAUGAGGCGGAUACUUCGAGAAAUCUAUCGGAUGAAAAAUGGAACUAUCUUAUGGACCACUCGAAUGUGAAUACUGAUGGUUCCUUCGCAGCCAUCUUCGAGAACGCAACUGGGGUCGAUAUAUCCUUUGCAGCAACUGAUACAAGCUGUGACUACUUUAAUACCAGUCGAGUAAAGGACCUUGCAACUCCCGAACGAGCCAGAGACAUACAGGGCAUAGUGUCAACAAGAGAAGACGAGUACUAUUUUGGUGAAGAGGAUGAAGAGGAUGACGAUGACGAGGAAGGUAAUCGUUCGUCACCAUUCGACCAAGGCCAAGAAGAAGACUGCAUCGAAGGACUUAGCAGAACUCUCAGUUUUGAAUCACUCAACAACGUCAACAUAUCGUACAUCAGUAACGCCGGAUCGGAAUUUCUGCGAAGGAAUAACCCAGAAGACUCCUUUCAGGAACCUGAAGAUGCCUUCAACUUUUUGAAUAUUGCCUCUCCAGGGUCUCGAUUCCAUGACUCAUCCUUUUCCUCAUCUCCAAAGAAAAAACCUCUUGCCUCCCGCGAUACAACUCCAAACUUUCCAAGCUUCUCGUCCCGUUCCAACCAGAAGAGGUACCUACCCCCACGCAGACCACAAUAUUCUACUUGGGACAAAGAGAAUGCCACAGUGAAUCGAAGCUUUGGUAAAAAGAACAACAAGAUAGUAACAAAGGCAAAUUCUCCUCCGAAGCCCUUGGAGAAGAACCGGCCCCGUGACUUCGUGAAGGUGAUUAGCGGUGGAGGUGACGACGAAGACGACCCAAGUCCCAUUUCUUUGGCUCAGACAACGCCCUCGCCAGAAAACGAAAAGUUGGAAUCCUUGCUUACCGGGCGCCGAAAGUAUAGAACAGUGGUACCCCGUCGAGUCUUCCUUGACUCCCCGCAGGAAUUUCCGGAGGAACAAGACAGUUUCUCUGCCUUUCUGCCGGACGAAGAGGAAGAAGACAACAGCAACCAUGGCGAUUACGAUGUAGAAGAAGAAUUUGACCACUUUGAAGACGGCGAGGAAGGGGUCAUAUUUUCACCAGUCCAAGCGCUCACAGAAUCUUUCGAAGCUUUUUUUGGUUAA